AUGAGUAACCAAAUUUAUAGUUCGAAAAAGAAAACGGAUCGACAAAUCUACCGUUACCAUUGCUCACAGUGCUCGUUGGCAUUUCGUACCGAACAACGUCUUGCCAGCCACACUUUGCACCAUACAUUCCGGUCCAGUACCCGUUGUACCAAAUGUGAUCAGAGCUUUCGCUCUCACGAAAUGCUGAAAAAGCACAAUGCUCAGGAACAUACCAAUGGUAAAACUUAUAAUUCACCGACCACAAGCUCUUGCCAUUCCCAGUCAAUCGAGGCAACGGUCGAGGAUAAAACUGAGACCAGUCUUGUUGAUCCGUUAAGACCCUUCAAGUGUGAAUUGUGCAGGGAGAAUUUUGAGCAAAAGCAUCAACUGCUGAUGCAUUAUAACUCAGUAGUGCAUCUUCAUAAGGCUAAGAAAAUGCUCGAGGAACAGUCGAGUAACUUUCAACCUAGUGCACAGAUACUGGCAGCACUGCAAGCCUCAACAAGUUCUCAGUCGUUACAAGGAGGCUCUAAACCAUUCAGAUGUAAUCUAUGCAAAAUGGGUUAUGGACAGGGUUCUACUUUAGACAUACACAUAAGAUCUGUUGCACAUCAGUCGCGCUUGACCAAAAUAGCUGAACUCUUAGCGCAAGGUGAAAUUGAUGGCUGCAAAUCGAUCGUAGAGCAACCAGGCGGUGCAACACAAACGGCAUUAGCUGAAUUAGCUGUCAAACAUGAUUCUACUACUACCAAUCCAUUGCAGAAUGGGUUGGAACAACAGCAGCAGUCAGCUUUAGCAAUGAUCAGCAUGUUGAAUAUGGCGCAGCUUCUAUCGAUAGCAUCCGCUGGUCAGACUGCUCUACCGAACGACAUCUCAGCAGCAACAGCUUCUCAAGCUCAGACAGCAUUAGCAAGCAUAGCCGCUGGAUUUUCGCCUAUCAUCGCCCCAUUUGGAACGCUGAGACAGUUACCGAUUUCAACCGAUAGUGCUGCAACAUCAUCAAAAGCAACCAGCGAACAGUCCAUCACGUCCGUUGAUGAUGAACGAACUCCUCGUACUGGCGCUGCUUUUCGCAAGAUGCUUGAAGCUUAUGAAGCGUUACUGACUUCAAGCACAGACUUUCCAGGUUUCGAUGUGGUGAUGCAAUAUAAUGAAGGUCUAGAGCAACCACGGCGCAAAUUGGACACACUAUCGGAUGAAGCGAUUCGGAAUUCAAGCCGUGCCGAAUGCACAGAGUGCAACAAAAUUUUUAGCAAUAUCUGGAUACUCAAAGCUCAUUAUGAAGAAGUUCACGCAAAUGUCGUGCCGAUAAUAGAGGUUGAAAAUUUUGCCAGACGAUUGCAUGAAGCGUUGGAUGAAAGCGAAGAAAAGGAGAAUGACGAGAGCGAUUUGAGUGUUGAACAACAAAGUAUCACGGUACCUCCCACGACACCGGUUGCAGUAUCUGAAAGUAAAAAGAGAACAUUGGGAAAAGAUGAACUACCACUGAGUAGUAGUUACGACACUGAACUAAACACUGAUAAUGGGUGUUUAUUCAGUCAGGUUUCAACUACAACCGAGGAUGAUAAGUGUGCACUCGGGGCGAAAAAGCUGAAGGAGGACACGCGGUCUAGUUCAGCUGGUGCUACACCUCGGCCAUCGACAUCUAAGGAUUCACCCGAUUUGAAUAGUCAGUUAGCGAUGAUGAGUAUGCUUGGUUUCCCGUUCAUGCCAAAUCCUUUCGUGCCGCUGAUGCCACCUGAUUUUUUUGCAAAUCCACUUUUUUCCGUACCACAGAAUGCUGCCACGAGUAUAUCACAUGCAAUCCCAAGUGCAUCACCAGCUAAAAGAGCUCGAACACGCAUCACUGAUGAUCAGCUGAAAAUUUUGCGGCAGUAUUUUGACAUCAAUAAUUCACCCAGUGAACAACAAAUCAAGGAAAUGUCUGUAAAGGCGCAACUUCCGGAAAAAGUUAUAAAACACUGGUUCCGCAAUACACUGUUUAAGGAACGACAACGUGACAAAGAUUCUCCCUAUAAUUUCAACAUCCCGCCGCAAAUGAGCAUUGAUUUGGACGCUUACGAAAAAACUGGUGAAACAAAAAUAACCACUCUUAAAAUUGAGACAGAAGAAGAAUCGAAACCGCAACUGUUGCAAACACCCGAAACUCCGAUAAAUAUAAACGGUGUCGGAAAUUCAGUGUCUGCUGCAAAUGUCCAAACUACCCAGAUUCAUUCGACUCCGCCAACAUGCAAUAAUCCUUUCGCCACUUUCUUGCAUGAUGACAAAAAUCUUUCGUCCAUAUUAUCAAAUUUGCCUUCAAAUUCGGUGACUGGACGUCGUGCUAAUCGUACUCGUUUUACCGAUUACCAGCUGCGGACAUUACAGCAAUUUUUCGAUAAGCAAGCUUAUCCUAAAGAUGAUGAUUUGGAAGUUUUGUCGAAAAAGCUCCAACUUAGUCCACGAGUUAUCGUUGUUUGGUUCCAGAAUGCUCGACAGAAGGCCCGAAAAAUAUAUGAAAAUCAACCAAUGUCAAGCAACGACGAUCGAUUUAUGAAAACACCGGGGAGUAAUUUUCAGUGCAAACGAUGCCAGUUAGUGUUUCAACGGUAUUAUGAACUGAUACAACAUCAGCAGAAGUUAUGCUACAAGGAUGAUUGCGUGGCUCAACAAAAAGAUAAUAAAGCCGUCGAAGAGAAUUUGAGUGAAGACGAAAAGACCAGUUUGGAGAAUCUACGUGAUGCGUCACGACUGAGUUCUACAUCAGUUGCAGCAACUAGCCAGACAGCUACUUUGGGUGGAGCAUUAGCUCAGCUUAUUGGUACUGCAUCGUCGGGAACUGCUAUCGAUAUCAGUCAAACAGAAUUUUUGAAACUGCAGGCGCAGGCAUCAAUCAAACCACAGGAUCCAUCCAUGAAGCUAAAGGUAAGGGAUAAGAAAAAAGCGGUAUUCUAUAAGCGCUGUCCUUUCUGUUGCCUAUUAUUCCACUCGCGAGAUUCACUGAUUGUCCAUAUUCCGAAUCGUCAUCCGGAGCAAGCUAACAGUACAUCAGUUAAUGUCGAUUUAUUACCGGACGCUGAAGAUGUACCAACAAUCACAGCGUUGGCGGGUGAUGACUCACUAGGAGAUCUGUCGAAAACGAAUGGUUCUUCAAAAAAGUCAGAACUAUCGCCGCUUGAUCUCAGUUGUACCGCUAAUAGCGAAGGGCGCGAAGAUUCGGUAUCGAUAUCUCCUUCAUUCUUGCACUCGGACAACGAUGAUAAUAACAGUGAUAACAUGGAUAUUAGUGAACGCUACAAUAGCGCAUCCCCAAAUGCGAUUGGAAUUGGCUGUUUUGGGGCUCAGAGAAGUCCUGCUAGUUCCAAACGGUAUCGAACUCAUUUGACACCAUUACAAGUUCAUGUGAUGAAAAGCAUAUUCAUGAGUUACAAAACUCCAUCGAUGAAUGAAUGUGACUUGCUAGGAGUCGAAAUUGGUCUUCAUAAACGAGUUGUACAGGUGUGGUUUCAAAAUGCUCGAGCGAAAGAGCGGAAAUUGCGAUCACACAGUGGUGAUGAAGAAUUACUUCGUUGUACAUCGACGCGCUGUGCAAUGUGUGGUGUUAGUUACGAUCAUCAUGUUACCUUGCAUGAUCAUAUAUUCACCACUGGUCACAUUAAUCAUGUCAAAAAACUUUUCCAAGCAGAUAAUAUUCAAACAGAAGGACCAAUAGAUUUGAACGCUACACUAGAAACGAUUGAUAAAGAAGAUAUCCAACGAACGAGAAUGAAAACUAUACGAGAUCGGCGAACAAUGAAGCCAUCCACUACUGUAUCGACUUCAAACCCUGGGAGCAAUACGAUGCCACAUUUUCCUUAUAAUUUCUUAUAUAAUAUUCGAUCGGGCUUGGCACCAAUAAUGUAUGAUCCAAACCUAAUGGGUACACCGAUACCGAUGCUUCAAAUUCCUGAAAGUGUCAUGGCGCAGAUUACGACAGAUAUGAGUUCCGGCCGUGAAUCAUCGAAAUUCACACAAGAUGGCAAAACUUUUCAACAACUGGUUGCUAUACUUCCAUUACGUGAUUUCCAAUGUGCUGGCAGCACUGAUAGUGAGGUUGGCUGGGCAUGUCCUCAAUGUACCAAUGUAUUUCAACAGGAACAGCUGUUGAAAAAUCAUCAACGACUAAUAUGCCAGGGUUGUGAUUCAGUAUUCAAAUUGGUACAAACCCAUUACCAAUGUCGGGCUUGUAAUGCAAAAUUCGGUGCACAGACCGAAUUUCGAGUUCACUGUGAUACGUCAGAACAUCAAGCUGCACGUGAAGUAUUUCUCGGCAGAACAGUUUAA